AUGACACGUUUUCCUGUGACAAUACAUAACUUUGUUAAAAAUGUACAUUAUCAACUUCAAUUUGAAGAAAUAAGGGCGCUACAGAUCCACCAUUUAACAAGACAAAUGACAGAUGAAGAUUUCAAAAAUGAUCUUUAUUAUUUAGCUAUUACAGAAGAUGGGAGUGUCCAGUCAACUAAUUUGGUCACAGUAUUCCAAAAACUUAAGAGCUGUUACAGUACAAAGCCAGUAACAGUUUUUAUUAGUUCUGAAGAAAUAUCUCUUGGGAAACCUUUUAAACAGCAGUAUUGUGAUGACAAGCUCAUUGUUAUGAUAAAUGGUUCAAUUCAAAUAGAUUUAGAUUGUAUAUCCUUUCCAAUUACAUGGGUAUAUAUAAAAAAACAGAUAUAUGAAAAACUAUCCAAUAAUUCGAUUAUUUUGAAUUUUGAUGAUUUAUCAAUAUGUAAUAAUUGGAAAAAGAAAAAAGGUUGUAUUGAUAAUGAUGAUUGUAUUCGUUUUUUAACUAAUGAAUUGCGAGAAUACGGACAAACGACCAUAUAUGUAGAAACAGUUAGCAAAAAUAAUAAGAAAACAGAUAGAGAAAUCAAGAAUAUAAUCCCUCAAAAUCAACAUAUUAUUGGGAGUAAUUUAAAUAAUAUAAUGAAAGGACUAGAAAGGUUAGAGGAAAGUAUUGCACAUAUUACAACAGAUGAUGUUUUUAUAGACAUCCCGUUAAAGAAUGAGGAAUUGUUUGAAUUUUAUGAUAAAAUUAAGACAGAAAAACAAUUAAUUGAUCUAAAACAUUCUUAUGAAAAAUAUCAACAAUGGUUAACAUUAUAUGGUAAUGAUGAGGAUAGGAUUGAAUCAUAUUUAAUUAGUCACAAUGAGAAGUAUAAUUCAUUAAUACAAAGUUCUAAUAAUAUUUUAAAAAAUACAUUAACUAGAGAAACUGCUAUUGCAACUUCUGAUAUAUAUAAUAAUAAUAAUAAUAUAAAUAUUAAUAGUAGCAAACUACUUUCAUCACCAUAUAAUAUCCCAAAUGUCGUAAAGGGUUUCAUCAAUUUAAAAAUAUUCGUAUUAGAUUUAAAUGUUUGUUUUAAAUUUACUAAUGAACAAGACAUUUCAUUACCAUCUGGAUUAUCUUUAGAAUUUGAUUAUAGACUUGAACAACGAGAUGAAAAUGGAAAUAAAAUUGGUAAUGACUUGAUUCAAAAAACAUAUUGUAUAGAUUUAAUUCAUGGAUUUGGUGUUAAUGUUACAAGGACAUUUACUAGAUUUAAACAUGAAUUAGGUACAAAGUUCCACAUUCAAGAUAUUGAAAAUGCAAGAAUUGUUAAGAAGGAUACGUAUACUAAUGAUAAUAGUGACAAUAAAAACAGUGACAAUAAUAAUAAUAAUAAUAAUAAAAGGUAUUGUAUAUUGGUGUUAGAGAUUAUUUUAAAGAAGAGCAUGAUGAUAAACCAGUAA